AUGAACAAGGAGGAGAUUGAUCACCCCCAGACUGCGCAAGCACCUCGUUUCAAGGCGUCCAUACAACCUCCCACCGCGCCGCCAACGAGAACAUCAUUUGGCCUUGCUGCUAUUGCUCCUCCUCCAUCUGCAUCCCCUUUCAAGCAAUCGUUUGGAUCUUCGGUAACUGCCGAGCCUCCUUCAAGGCCGCUACGAGCGAGCGCUGUACCUACAUUGCCAACCAUCCGCACCCAGAACAUUUCAGGGUCACAGAACAAAAAGGAGAAGCGUCGACCGCCUCCACUCAAAGAUGUGACCCCAACCGUACCGUUCCCAUCCAUUCAGCUGACUACGGAUGAGCCCAUCGCCACUAACCCUCCGACCCUGUCUCGCCACUCUUCCAACUCUUCUCAACGCUCUGCCAUCCUUCCCUCUGCCACACCUACCGCCCCCAAGCCAUCGAUUGCAACAGCGACGAGUCCGCGAACGCGCCGACUCUCUCAGCGCAUCUCGUCUCUCGUUCCUUUCCCCGUCAAGAAUGCGCUCGCUGCUAUUUCUUCAGUGGUCCCACGAUCACCGGCACCAAAUGGUGCAGGAAAGGCGGCCCCAACGCCAUCCGCCUCGCAAACUCUCUUCAUCUUCCCGCCUUCUCCCCGAACCCGAGGCACGAGCACCCCAGCGACCCUGACCCUUACUUCCACACCGCUCCCUUCUGCAGGUUUCGGCUCCAUCUUGACUCCCAGAGCCGGACUGUUCAGGAGGCGAACGGAUAGUCGCGCUCGUGCGCUUGGAUAUCGGACCUUUCUGGCCUUGGCGUUGCUCGCUGUCCUACGUUUUCCUGUCACCUCCCUCUCCUUUGCACAAGGCCUGUGCAAAUCUUGCUUUCGCAUACUCCUUGUAUCCAACCCACAACCUGGUCGUGCCGAAUCCUACUCCAAAAUAUCGGAUAACUUUUUUCUGGCGUAUCGA